UGACGCAAAUAUCGAAAGAACGGUUAUUUUGCUCGUCGAUUUCGCCAUGGAUUUCGAUGAAGAUCAACUCGACGAAUCGGCAGAACGAGCUUAUCGCCCUCCUCGAUGGGCAAGCAGCACUUUACAACACAUGAAUAUUGUACGUCACGUCGUCUUUUCUCCACGCGGUGAUUUACUCUGCUCGACAGCCGAUGAUGGAAGCGUAAGCUUGUGGAAAAGUCUAACUGGCGACUUGAUCUAUACAGUUCAGCGACAUGACGGUAUGACGAGAUUUGCAACGUUUCACGAGCCAUCGGGCGAACUGAUAGCAUCAUGUGGAGGAGACGCCGUUAUUCAAGUGUGGAGUGAAGCGAUCGUGUCGUGCCCCGUUUCACUAGAAGGCCACACACAAACGGUUUACAGAUGUGUCUUUGGCCCGUACACAGAUCAGUUGGUGUCUUGUUCGAGCGACCAUACCGUCAGAAUUUGGAGUGUCACGACUGGCAAAGAAAUAUCGGUAUUGGAAGGUCACAGCAAGCCGGUCGUAUCUUGCGCCGUCUCUCCAAAUGGAAGAACUGUUUGCUCAGCAUCUUGGGACAAGACCGUGAGGCUAUGGGACAUCAGAUCAAAGAAAUGCGUGCAUAACCUCACCGGGCACGAUAGCUGGGUGACAUCCUGCGCAUUCUCUCCCGACGGAGAAAUGAUAGCUUCUUCUUCUACCGACUGUACAGUAAGAUUGUGGAAUACGACUAAUGGAAAAAUCUUGGCCAUUGCACAAGAUCAUUCGUCAGACGUUAACGCUUGUAUGUUUGAUGGAAAAGGAGAAAUGUUAGCAAGUGCAUCUAGCGAUCACACUGUCUUAUUGUGGGAUGUGCUGACCGGCGAAGUACGAUACGCCCUAAAAGAUCACGACGACACGGUAACCUGCCUUGCAUUCAGUGCAGACGGUCAAAGAUUAGUUACAGGAUCCGAAGACCAGUUGGUUCGAUUUUGGGACACCAACAAUGGCCAGUUACUCGAGGUCCUAGCAGGACCAAGAGGAAACGUUUUGAGUUGCGAUAUUACAGCGGACGGCACGUUUAUGGCAGCAGCGUCAGCAGAUCAUACAGCGAGGAUAUGGGACGUAGGAAAGUUUUGUAAAGAAAAAUACAAGUGGAGAAAGAGUUGCGUGCUAUCCUAAUGACAUUCCUGAGGG